UAGAACACCAACGUGAUGCUUUUGAACUAAUCAAGUGUACAAGGGAGUGAUUAUUUUAUCUGCUUUGCUUUCUGUGGAUGUUAGUAAUCAUGUCUGGGAAAGACAGCAGUGAAAGCCUGAAGGAAGAAACUCCUUGUGAAGACAAAAAUGAACAGAAAGCAGAAGAGCUUACCUGUGAUAAGAGUGAUGAAGUAAGAGAGCAAGAGUCUGAGCCUGUGCCUAUGACUCGGAAAAGACCUGAGCCCAAACCCCCAAGUCAGCCUCCUGUCACAGCAAAGCCAACAGCUGAAACCCUGAAGGUCUCAGAUUCUCCAGCUGUAGCUCAGACAGGAUGGGGGUACUGGGGAAGCUGGGGGAAAUCUCUACUGUCAACUGCAACUGCUACUGUAGCUACUGUAGGUCAAGGUAUUUCAAAUGUCAUAGAAAAAGCAGAAACAACCCUUGGGAUCCCCAGUCCUAGUGAAAUAUCUUCAGAGACUAGAGAUGCUACAAGAGGAAAGGAGAAUCCUGGUGCUGGCAGCACAGAUGCAGCUGAGGAUGGCAGCUCCUUUCCUAUUGCUGGCGCUCUUGGAGUUUUAUCAACCAUCUCUACUGCUGUCCAAAGCACAGGGAAAAGUGUUAUUACUGGAGGUCUGGAUGCCUUGGAAUUCAUUGGGAAAAAGACAAUGGAUGUAAUAGCUGAGGGAGACCCUGGAUUCAAAAAGACAAAGGGCCUAAUGAUCAGAACCUCUACGUUGUCUCAGGUCUUACGAGAGGCAAAAGAGAAAGAAGAGCAGCAGACAGCUACUGAGGUUACCAUGGCUACGGAGAAGAAAGCCCAUUAUGGGUUACUGUUUGAUGAGUUUCAGGGUCUUUCGCAUCUGGAGGCUUUAGAGAUGCUUUCCAGAGAGAGUGAAUCAAAGGUGAAAUCAGUUCUAAAUGCACUCUCUGGAGCAGAGUUGGACACACUGGAGGAGGAAAUGGAACAACUCAAAGAAGCAUUUUCUUUACCUGAAUUCUUUGAAGAUGAAGAGGAAGAAAGUAAGGGAGAUGAGGAGUUCACAAAAGAAGUUACAGAGUUGUUUUCAGAGCUGCGUGUCUCCUCAAAGCCGGACAAAUUGAUCACGGUGAGGACAUCAGCUCACGAAUGGAUAGCACGAUUCAACAGCAGCCUUCCUAAAGAGGAAAAAGAGAGUGAAGAAAACCAAGCAGUAGAAUCCAGAGAUGGUGACCAUGAUGCUAAAGAAUCAGUAGAGGACAUUCAUGCAUUUGCCAUAAGAAGUCUGGCUGAGAUGACAGCAUGCUCCAUUGAAAUGUUUCACAAAACUGCAGCUUUGUUUCUGCAUGGUGAGAAACAAGAGGUGGCAGCCACAGACAGAGCCAAGUCCCUUUCACAAAUGACCAUUAUGCUGUGCAAAGAACUGUCAGCCUUCUCUAAAGAGUUCACUACGUGCUUGACAACUGCAGGGGUCAAAGAGAAAGCAGACGUGCUUAAUCCCUUAAUCACUGGAGUGUUUUUGGAGGCUUCAAACAGUGCUUCGUACAUCCAAGAUGCCUUCCAGCUCUUGCUGCCUGUACUGCAGAUCUCUCUUAUCGAGGCUAGAACGGAACCAUCGCCGUAAUAAAAGCCCUUCUAAUUAAGAACUUUUUGACCUUCCCACUUCGUAGUUUCUGUGCUGGAGAAUGAUGUAAUGGCUCUUAUUAAAGGGAAAAAGAUUAACUCUGAUCACUGCUGCUGCUGCAAGAAGGGUGAUUAAAUGCAGUCUGGCAAUGACAGCUCUUACGGCACAUUGAGAGAUGUGAUUAGCAUAGUCCAGGCUGCUGGACAACGUGACAGAUUUUAAGUGCAGCCUGCUUCUCUGUUUUCCUGGGCUGUAUCUUUUCACCAAAAUCCCUCAGCUCAAUGUGUUAACAAGCUCUUUGUCUUCACAGUCCAGAGAGCUUCUCCAGUGCUGGAGAAAAAGAGUAGGAGCUGGCUAGUUAAAGACUUCGCUAACAUCAGGGUGUGAUUUUUUAAGUCAGAGAGACAUAAUUAGGUUCCUGGUAGCUCUGUGUUGGUGUUGAAGUGGAUAUUGGAUAGGAGGUGCAGGAAAAGGCCAAUAUUUAAGAUUAUGAACCUUGCAGUUCUUGGGCUGGAGAAAAUACAGCAGAGAGGACUCCUUUCCAAGCUCUUGCUGCUGAAGAGAAGCCAGAGCUUCCUGAAGAUGUCUGUUAAUGACUCAGGGAUAUGGGACAAGGACUCUCUCACUAGGGUGCUGUUUCUCAUUCUCUUGCAGAGUGCUAGCUUCAGCAUGAGCUGGGAAAACGCUGAUCUGGCCCUAAGAAUGUGGGUACUUUGUUCCAUAGCAAUAAAUGAGAACUGGCUAAAAGGAAUUGAUUUGUGUUUGGGCAAUUUAAUGAAAGAAUCUGGCAGAAGGAUUCCCCUUCUUCAGCGCAGCCUAACCUGUCAGCCCCAGGCUGUUCACAAACUCAUAUAUGGCUUUUCUCCUUUUUCUGUGUAAAACUACUAUAAUGCAGUGCUCCUUCUUGGAAGGUGUAUUAAAGUGAGGGGACAGGAAGCAAUUUGAUUCUGUUAGCAGGAGUCCUAAUUUGUCUCAGAAGCUGCUCCACAUACGGUAUCUGUUUCUUUGUGCCGUGAAAGUUCCCUUCUUUGUUCCUUUCCUGCUAUUUCUCUCUUUUGAGCUUGCCCAUUGGGAGGGAGCAGCCUCUGUUAGAAUCACAAGAGCAGAAAUGCACAGCUAAAAUGGAGCUUCAAGAAGUCCAGAAUAGCUAACCAGAGGUGACUGAGUGUCACACCUGCCUCUGUACUUGCUCGUUGGUAACAAUGAUGCUCAAAUCCCAUCUCGAAAAUCCUCUGGGUUUUAGCAGGUCUUGCACGUUUUCUGCUGUGCUGAAGGCUUAACAUUCCUCUGCUCUAUUUGUGCAGCAGAGAAAUGGGGUUUUAUUAUUAAAAUACCUUUUGGCUAAUUCUCCUCUGAUUUUAUAUAUGUGUAUGAAAAAAGCCUUGCCUUAGCUGUGGUUGGCCUGAUCACAUCUCUGA